UUUUUAAUUAUUUUUUUUUAAAAGGAGAAAACAAGAUGGAGCGGCUAAACCAAACCAAUGACGACGGAUUUCGAUCAACAGAGGAUUUGAAUCGUUUUCUUGCUCACAAAUAUCAAACCAACACAGUACUUGUAUCAAUAUUGUUGAGUAUCGGCGUUAUCGGGAAUUCGAUUGUUAUCUUGACUUAUCACUUUCGGAUGAAAAACAAAAGAGACGAUCGUUACUUUAUUCCAUGUCUUGCGAUUACAAAUAUGUUGGCUUGUAUGUCUGCUUCUGUUAUGUCGGUGACGAUGAACUCGAUUCCUGCCAUGUUUACGUCAGAGUCGCUGUGCAAGGGCCUCAAUUUCGUUACACGAGUGACGUGCGUUGAAUCGUUGAUUAUGUUGCUGAUAAUAUCGAUGCAACGAUACAAAAAGAUUUGUACGAAGGGAAGAAAUCGAUUUUCUUUGCUUUGGAAGCGGUUAGCAAUCGUUAUAUCGAUCAUUGUGAGUUCGAUAUUCUCGUUUCCCACAUUGAUAUUUUAUGGCAUAAAACCGAUAAAGAGAACCAGAUACAACAAUAUUACAGAAUUUCAUUGUGAACUAACAACAAACAGUGACCAUGCCAAAUAUGGCCUACACGCAUAUUUAGCUUUUGUUGCUUUGUUAUUCCUUGGGAUCGUUUUAAGCAUCAGUGUGAUCUACACCUUCAUUGGAAAAAGAAUCCACUCAAACAUACAGCCUCCUCAGAAAAGUGCAGUGUCCACCUCCUAUGACAGUUUACACUACAAUUCUUUGUUAAAGUAUUCCAAAUCAGACAGCAAUCUACAGAACAGGCUGCAGGCGCCCCUGGACGAGUCUUCGGAUGCUAUUUUACAAAAGUUUACGGAGAAAAACGGAGUUCCUCCAAAAAGAAGUCAAUCAGAGGCUGGAAAAAGAAAAUAUACCGUGUCAGAAGUCAAAAAGGUGCGAUCAAGAAUAGGAAUUUUUGUGUUCCGAUAUUAUUAUAUGUUUGUCUCUAUAUCUUUUGUGACAUUUGUUUCUUUUAUUCCACCAAUCAUAAUCAUGGUACUGGAAGCCAUUGAUUCUGAAGUGAUAGGUGACAUUUCCUCUGACUUUGGAUUUAAUUUCAUUCUACUACUUCGCCGUAGCUAUCUUUUUAGUUACACAAUUAAUCCAUUUAUGUUUGGUUUGUUCGAUACAACUUUCCGGAAAGCCUUGAUCGACGUUUGUCAACUUGUUUGUCUUCCAUUACGAUUGCAGACCUGAAUGUCAUCUUUUAUUUCAUGA